AUGAUCUUAACCCCGCCCGACCGCAGCCAGUCACCCAUCUCUACACAUAUACCACCACCACCACCGCCACUCAAUCACUACCCAGCAACCAGCACACUUCACCAACUUAACUCGCAGCUCCCAACACCCACCCACCAUCACCACCAACCUUCCACCAACACCCUCCCGCUCAAUCCCAUUCACCACCACCCACCCAAUCCCCAACCAACACCAAUCCACCCAUCCCCCAACACCACCACCCACACAAAAUCACCCAACCUCCUACCUCCGACCAAUCACCACAAAUCAUCCACCCAACCACCACUGAAUCACCACCUUACAUACCGCAACAUCUGCACAUCACCAAACACCACCAACAAACCAUUAUCGACCUAA